AUUUUGACUUUCAGCCUCCGCGGAAAUAGCCUAUUCCAGCCGGCUGCCGGCGGCCGAGGCACGAGGCGUCAAAAGGCUUGGGCUCUCUAUCCACCCGGCCGCUAUCCCUCUUUGGGAGUUUCCCUUAGCAAAUCUGACGUAAACGCCGAGAGAGAGCCACGAACACAGUUGACGGUUGGCUCGUUUGGAGCAAAACAUUUAGUCACAGGUUGACCCUUCCUGCCCUUUUCGAAGCUGGGAGCUCGCUCGUGGCACCAUGGCUUUGUAUGGCAACAUACCGCUUAAUAAAGAUGGAUUCUUCGUCAGCCAUGCGAUCGUCCAGGGUUUUGCCCGCUCUUUCCAUUGUGUGACUGGUGUUGCUCCUCCCAGAAAUUCCUCCCUCCAGUCUCACGUCUUAAAACUCCACGAGUACUCCAGAUGCCAUGAAAAGAAUAUCAGAUCGACCUUUUCACCAUCCAGUUCACUGACAUCGCAGCCAAGAUGUCCUUCAUCCGCUCACCCUCCAACACGCACGUAACCCGAAAACCACCCACCGAGAAGCCAAGGUCGUCAUGGUCAACACUCCACUUCGAUGUUGACGCCCACGUCAACCCGUUCUUUCCUUCCUCAUUCCUGCCCCGCUUUCCCCGGGCCGUGGCGCACUUCCUCGGGUACCGCACCCCUCAUCCUCCAGCGGCGCAUCCGAAGCCACCACUGGGCAAUAUUCCCAUGAUAUUCUGGGCCGUGGUGGGGAUAUUCAGCAGCUUGGCCUUGAUCGGGGCUGUAGGGCAGGAGAUUCCGGCGUUUGGGGAGAAGGGGGUGCCGGUUAUCAUUGGGAGUUUUGGUGCUGCCGCCGUGUUAGACUUUUACGCAAUCGAGUCGCCGCUUGCCCAGCCCCGCAACGCCAUCCUCGGUCAGAUAUUAGCUAGUAUCACGGGGAUUAUCGUUUGUAAACUGUUCGCCUUGCUGGGGCCUGAGGAGUUUGAGCGUGUUCGAUGGCUGGGAGGGGCGCUGUCAUGCGGUCUCGCCACGGCGGUUAUGGCCCUGACGGGAACGGUGCACCCGCCUGCUGGAGCCACGGCUCUGAUGGCAGUGGUGGAUGAUGAUGUGAGCAGGCUGGGGUGGUAUGUGUUGGUGCCUGUCUCACUGGGGUGUGGCCUCAUGCUGAUAGUAGCCCUGCUUGUUAACAACAUCCAGCGGAGGUUUCCAUUCUACUGGUGGUCACCUAGUGAGACGGGGUUGUUCUGGAACCAAGCGGCGAGACGAGAGCAACAGAGACAAAAAGAAGAGGAAAGCAGGCCAAGGCUGGAAAAACCUGGGGCAUCGGCCACCAGCAGCACUGAUUCUGAAAGAGGGAUGGGGGAGGAUGCCGAGGUGGUUAUCAAACGUGGGGAGGUCAUAAUACCCGAGGGGAUCACAUUGCGGCCUGAGGAGGUGCUGUGGUUGGAGACCAUCAGUCAACGGUUAUGA